CUUUAACCGGACUGUAACAGUCAAAUUCAUGCAUUUAAAUAAUAUUUUUUGCGCGAACAAUGGUUUCCAAAUGGAUAACAAAGGGUGUUCAAUUUGCCGUGCGCUAUGCUGCUCUGUGUGGAUACAUCAGUGCGGCAAUGAACCAAUAUGGAACGAUAUCUGUAGUAGGGCCAGCGUUUACAAACAGGGAGGUUACACUGAAGGCGUCACCGUUCUAUCCUUGGGGGUGUGACGUAGAAUGGAAAUUCUUAAUUGAAAAUGGUUCACAAUUGAAAAGUAUGGACGGGGUAAAUAAUACAACAAGAUAUUCGGAAGAUGAGUCAUUCUUUUUUAAAUGGAAGGCUUCAACUGAAUUCAACGGAUCUAUCUUCUACGCCGAAUGUGCAACAAACAAUACGAUUAAAACAAACAUGAUAUCUAUAAAUUUGAGAGAUAUCGUUGGAUCAUGUGGAGCACUCGGGAUUUUAAGCCCAGUUGUUCGCGGCGCGGACGUCAAACUUGCAUAUUUUCCGUCUGACCUUUAUAUACAUCGCAACACAGACACUGGGCGAACAUGGACGCACAACUUACAAGAUAUACAGCUACAAGAUGGUUCUUACGAAGAGAGAAGUGUUUCUAAAUAUGUGUACAUAUUGACUAUAUUUAACUUCAAAGAAAAAGAUGAAGGACCGUAUGAUCUAAAAUGCAAUGCAGAUGGCAAAACGGAUUCUGUGCAUCUUCAUAUGUCGGAGCGACCGAGCUACCCAGUCUUCGAUCCUAAGCUACUUGACUUUAAUACAACACAAUGUAUUUAUGUUUAUGCGGGCUCCGACUUUUAUUGCAAUACUGAAAAUGGAACAGAACCUGUACAGAUAGUAAUUUUACUGGGACAGAAUUCGUUUGUUCAUGGAGAAAGAAACGGGGGGAAAGGGUACCAAAUCGAUAACAUUCAUCAACAAAUGGGUGGACUGUCAAGACGGAAUGUGACAUGUCGGGUUUCUAAUGCAGCCCUUGAAACACCUUACAAAGUGCACGGCACUCUAUGUAGCGUAGAGGAAGGUAGCCCGCCAGUGCUAUCAGUUCCUGAGUUCCUUGAAGGAGAAAAUUCGAGUGCAAUAUGUGAAGUACGCAAUGCUAUCCAAGCUCCACUAUUAGAAAUACAUGUUGACAAUGUUUUGCUGGGUGAUGUUCAACAAAAAGAUUUAUUUAAUGGAUCUUCUCAUACAUUUACCAGUACAGCAAAGGUUACAAAGUCUAACAAAUUGUGGAAUAGAAAACAAAUGUGCUGCGUCAGGAAAAGCAAAUAUGAUUUUCGUCUAGAAGUUGUUUCAGUGUGCAAAAAUAUCAGCAUGAAAUGUACGUACUCAAUCUUACUUAUGUUGUCGACUUUCGCCGACAUUAAUUAUCUAUCAAACCGAGACUGA